AUGACAAAGAGAAAUUUUUAUUCUUACAAAGGGAGCAUCCUCAGUUACAUGUCAAGAAUUGAUCUCUCUUCUAAUAAAUUGGAUGGUGAAAUUCCGGAUGGCCUUGGAAACUUAAGUGAGAUCCGUGCACUCAACUUGUCCCACAACUACCUUAUUGGAACAAUUCCAGAAACAUUCUCAAACCUACGUCAGAUCGAGAGCUUAGAUCUCUCCUAUAACAACUUAGGUGGGAGGAUCCCCACUUGUCUGAUCAAGUUAGACGUUUUGGAAGUCUUCAGUGUAGCGCAUAACAAUUUAAUAGCUCCGAUCGUGACAUUGCAGCUCCCAAUGCGGCUCACAAUCGUGACGACUGACGAGAGAGAAGAAUGGAGACUGAGAAGCGAGGAAGAGGGUUCGCCACAGCAGCGGCGGCGAUGUUGGCGUCACCGCAGCGACGACGUUGGUGGUAUUUUCAUUAGAGAAGAGGAGAUGAAGGAUAGAGAGAGAAACGAGAUGGGAGAGGAGGGUUAA